UUCAUUUAUAUACUUCAAACUGAUGGCGCGAAGAAAAUCGCAUCCAAAUCGUAAUGGGGAUCGGCCUUCGAAAUCUCGAAAAACUAUCAAAGGUUGUUCCUCAGAUACUGUAAUACCUGAAGCCAUUCUCAAGUUAAAUCAGCGCCUCUCAACUUAUGAUUAUUUUAUUAAGAUUGACACCAAGCUGGAUUCACAAAGUCAUGAAUUUAAGCUGGGAACUUUCAAUAUUGCUCUUUCAAGUGAGGCAGAAGUUGAAAUGUUAAAAUCCUGCCUAGUUUUCUACCUUUAUUGCAAAGAAAGUUCCUCUAGUGCCAUUUUGUAUUGUGAAGAUUUUAUUGCAGAUAUUGAAAGGGAUGAACCAUUUUCUACUGAGUGUCUAUCAAAUGCAGAUUCAGAUUUCAUGAUGAAUUUGCACAUAGCUAAUUUCAACCUUCACUUUCCUUCAGUGACCUCUAAAAGUCUGGAUGUUGAUGUGUAUAUCAACCCUAAGAUGAUCGUCGAUCUGAGUUAUGCUGUGAGUGGCUACUGUCGUAGAACAUUGUACAGAAAAAGCAUUCAGCAGGUCACAUCCUUUUUUACAGGAAUUGAAACUGAAGACUAUGAGGGAUGUGAAGCAAUGUUAGGGGAUAGCAGCUGUUGGAAGUUAUACCAGGGUCAUCAGAAUGGUUACAACCCAGAGAAUGACCAUGUUGAAGUUUCUCAUGAACUCCUGCGUCCAAAGCUGAGGAAGUAUCAAAGUCAAGCUGUUGAUUGGAUGCUGAAGAAAGAACAAGCCAGCACAGAGGUUGAAGCGAAAUUGCAUAUCCUAUUUACGGAGCUUACUUUGAAUGAAAAUAAAAAAAUAUUUUAUCUUAAAUGUGAUGGUUGUUUUGUCAGAGAAAGAUAUGUGUCUCAGCUGCCAUGUAGAGGAGGAAUUUUAGCUGAUCAAAUGGGGUUGGGUAAAACUGUGGAAGUUCUUGCUUGUAUUUUGCUGCAUCCAUAUGCCAAACAACUUCCUAUUAAUAAUAUGGUAUUCAAAGAGGAAGCAGCUUCUAUAGAAUGUGAUGAACACAAUUUGUGUGAAAAGGAAACUUCUUCUAAUAAUACAUUGCAUGAAGAAGACUCAGCAGAGAAGUUAACAAAUUUUUUUGGAUGUGUCUGUGGAAAGAUAUAUUAUGAUGAAUUUGAAGACACUGAAGUUCAAUGUCAAAGUUGUGGCAUUUUGCAACAUGAAACUUGUGUGUUGGCAUACCCAUUAGAUUUUCCUGAAAACUACAUCUGUCCAUUCUGUGUCAUUGAAAAGACUAAAAAAGAACCUAUCAAAUCAUCUGCAACAUUAAUUGUUUCGCCUGAAGCAAUUUUAUACCAGUGGGAAGAAGAGAUCGAGAAACAUAUUAUUUCUGACAAUCUUAAAGUAUUUAUGUAUCAUGGAGUGAAACAUCACAAAUUUAUUGAUCCUACAUUCUGGGCUGAUUAUGACAUUGUUUUGACUUCAUAUGAGACAUUUAGGAAAGAAUGUGCUCGAUUAAAUAUUGCACAUGGUGAAAAGGGUCACUCAUUUCGUCACCAAAAGAAGUUUAUCUCUUUACCGACUCCUUUGACAGCUAUAGAAUGGUGGCGUAUCAUUCUUGAUGAAGCUCAGCGAGUUGAAAAUGCUUGUAAAGCAUCUGAAGUUGCUUUGGAAUUAAGAGCUAUUAAUAGGUGGUGUGUUUCUGGCACACCAAUACAAACAAGUGUUCAAGAUAUAUAUGGCUUACUUGAAUUUUUAUGUGUUGAUCCUUUUUAUGUGAAAAAGUGGUGGAAAAAUUUGCUUUACACACCAUUUAUUUAUGGAAAAUCUGAUGCACUACUUUCUGUUUUGAAUGAAAUUAUGUGGAUGAGCAGGAAAAAGACUGUUUGGGCUCAGCUGGGAAUACCAAUGAUUUCAACAAAUAUCAAUGAACUUGACUUUUCUGCUGUAGAAAGGAUAUAUUAUGACAAACAAAUUGAGUGGCGGAGGAGCCAGUUUUUGGAACGCAUAAAGAAACAUGGUUGUGAAAAAGAAAAACUUAGCUUAUUGAACAGAGCAACAACAGCUGAGAUUAUGCUUCCACUGAGAAUUCUUCGAGAGGCUUGUGAUCAUUUCCAUUUAGUAAGAAGUGGCUAUUCCCUUCAAAGGAAUACUACGAUGACUAUGCCAGAACUGAUGAAAUAUUUACUCAACUGUGCUUCAUAUGAUUGUGAGGAAGCUCAAAGAAAACUAUUGAUGUCUAUGAAUGGUUUAGCUGCUACUUAUUUUUUCAAAGAUGAAUAUAGACUUUCUUGUGAAAUGUAUCAAAGUGCAAUUGGAACUAUUGAAGAUAAUAAAGAAAAUGUAAGAGUUGAUUUAUGCCAAAAGAUUCAUAUACUUCACAAUUAUGCUAGAGUCCUUGAACACUGGGAGAAAGCAGAAUCCAAUGAUGGACCUGAGAGACAACAGUUUCUUACGUUGUACAAUGUUGAUGUGAAAGCAUUGAACGGACAAGCUUCAGCUCUUGCCACAGAGUAUGGGAGCAAAUGCCAAAUAGAGGUAACGAAAUGUAGGGAGAGCUGGUCAUUAGUUUCUGCCGAACUGGAAACUGCAAUGUUUUGUGAAAAGCCUGGAAAAAAUGUUCCAUGGUGGACAAAAUUAUUACAGAGCAAAAUAGUAGCUAAUUGGGAUACCAUUCUUGGUAAUGUUCAAUUUAUGUUGGAAAAUGCUGCUGGUGCUAGUUUUGUCAAAAGACAGACAGUGGCUCAUAUGUUUAGAGAUCCUCAAGGUUUGCUGUAUGUAUUACUUAAGCUAUCAGAUGAACUCUAUGAAGCCCAUACCACUUUAGUGACAGAAAUUAGAAAAAUUGAUGAUGUGCCUUCUACAACAAAUUUGAAGGAAGCAAUAUCUUGUCAUUUGCGUCCUACACCUGAUGAAAAUGUGAAAUGUGUGUACUGUAAAAUCGAAAAGUUUUUGACUGAAUAUGAAAGUAAGCUGUAUCGUAUAGAAACAAAAGAACUUGUUAGGCCUACUGAAAGUGAUGAACCUACUUCCUUUCAAACAUAUAAACAAGGAACACAUGCUGAUAGUGAAUUUGAAGUCAUACUAAGGGCCUUGCAUACUUACUGUGCGCGAAAUUUUGAAUUUUCAAAUCUGGUGCAGGAUGGAGCUGAUGAACUUAAGUGUCUUGCAACUAUGAAAAAGGAGUAUAAGCUGAUUCAGAAUCUGUGGCUUAAACUGUGUGACUUUGUUGCUGCUAUGGACGAAAUUGAAAUGGCCAAAACACCAUUACGUAUAAUGCAUGAUCAUGAAGAAUUUCCACCAGCAAAUUCUACUGCAGCAAAAUAUUGCAUAAAACUUUCCCAGCUUCAAUCAUCCCAUUUAUCAUUUGAGAGUGAGGUUGUGAGUGCAAGACAGGAGUUAAGAAAUAAGUUGGGUCAUUUAUUUUAUUUAAAAAACCUGCAAAAGGCUCAAGAGGAAAACCAAUCAGAACACCAAUCUUGUCCUGUCUGUUCUCAAGAUCUUGUCAGUGCUUGGUAUGUUUUGCCAUGUGGACAUUGUUUCUGUAUCAGCUGCAUUGAUACACUCAAGUAUCAGAGACGUUCAAUGAGUUAUUUGGAACCAACUGAAGCAAGACGGAAAUCAGUUAGAGAUAAUAUUCGCUGUCCAGUUUGCAGAUCUGUUGCAAAUGUUUUAAACGUUUAUUUUAUUAAUAAUAGUGUGGAUAAAAGUGAUACAAAGAUUGAAGGUAAUACAUCAACUAAAACUAUUGCUAUUAUCAAAUGUUUACUGAACGUUUGGAAAGAGGAACCUUCUGCAAAAUGCCUUAUUUUUUCUUCAUUCUCAGAAUAUGUCAAACUUUUAGGAGAGGCUUUAAAUAUAAAUAAAAUUCCAUUCUUCAGCAUAGAUAAACCAAAUCAGUAUGAGACCGUGUUAAAAGAAUUCAAAACAAGUCCGAACACAAAUGUAUUGCUGCUUGGCAUGCAUCAUGGUUUAUAUGGAGUCAACUUAAUUGAAGCUAAUCAUGUUCUCAUAGCUGAACCAUUUUUAGAUGUGUCUAAAUUUCGACAAGCUGUUGGACGUAUAUACAGAAUCGGACAAAAGAAGCCCACUUUCAUACACAAGUUUGUGACAAAAUUCACUAUAGAAGAAACAUUAAAUGCUAUUCAUGAAGCUGAUGAAACUGCAAAUUUUUCUAGUGCUGAUAAUACAGAUUUCAAAGCAGAUUCAUUAUCAACAGUUGAAGGUCUUAUUCAGCUUUUCCAGUCAUGAUGACUGAUAAAUUAUUAUAACAUUUAUGCAAAAAAUAUUGACUAUCUUCAAUACGACUCGAUCACCCACAAAGCGAUUGGCCCAGUGGUACUGCAUUUGUCUUGGAACUAAAAGGUCUGGAUCCGGGCUCAGCUGCUUUGAAAAAUCGAGGAAGUGAUAGUUGUAAAUUGUUGUCUAAUGAUUGACUAGCCAGAUGGAAAUUUCCUGGUCUUUUCCUACUCAAUGUACCAAGAGUGUUACCAACUAACCUUGAAAGGACUUCAAAGAAGCAGUUUUAGGGCCAUUCCACAAAAAAGUCAACCACUUGUCCCACAGGUAACUGUUCACAUAUUUCAUUAAAAAGUAAUGAUUUUAAAGGGUAAUGAUAAAAUUUUUUGCUUAAGAUAUCACACAAAAGUUUGCAAUUCGUUAGGCAGAAAAAUUUUGUUCAUUAAUAUUUUUAAGUAUCAUUUUAAUAACACAUGAGGCAUUACGUAAAGGACAAAAUGACUGCUUUCCGUGGAAUGGCCCUUUAGCAGAUUUUCCCCCAGGUGCUCUGUAACAAAAUGAACUAAUGCGCUAUUGAACAGUACAUCCAGGCCCAACAUUUGGGGAGAGGGUCAGUUAAUUGUUCCUUCCUUGACUUUGAAAAAUUAAUGUUUUUACUUUUUUUUCUUUUCAAGAAAUUUUGCAUUGAGUAUAUAACUCUUUGCCCAGAAGAACUCAAAACGAUGGGCAAGAGUGUAUCCAUCAAGCUUCUUGAACUGUAUAUCUUUUUUUACUGCUCAUACUUUUGAAAAACGGGCUCUGUAACCUUUUAUUUGUUUUGCUAAAGAGCCUAAAUGUGCUGUACAUUUCUCCAACAACUCCUUACUUUUUAGUAUGAAGCCGUAGGAGUGCCAUGUAUCACAAGAGAAUCAAUGAGUUCUUCCCAUGAUAGACAAAGUUUAUGUAAUAAUUUUUUGUUAUGCAGAGCACCUUGAGGGAAACCUGUUUUCCAGCAAGACUUCUACAGGUGUCUGCAUAUUGACACAUUAUCAAAUCAUUUCAUUAAAAAUGUACAUAAUGUCAACAAAUGUAGAAACAAUGGUUUGGAUUUUACAUCUGUAAGAAAUAAAAUUGAUUUAAGUAAAUAACAUUUUAACCCCAUUUUGAAUGUAAAUCACAUAAAGACAAAAUUAAUUGUAAUAUAUCUUGAUUUACUGUAGUUUUUU